AUGGCUGAAUGGGCCAUGCUUUUGGACGACAUCUUGGGGCUUGUCCUGGAGCAAGUGAAGCCUCAGGAUGUUGCGAGCAUGCGGAGCGGCCUCACGCAUCUCCAUCUGUGCUUCCAUGCACACCAUUCCAUCACAGCGCACACGCUGCAGCCGCUGCAGCAGCUGAGGCGCUUGCAGACGCUGGUGCUUGAGAACAAGGCCAGGGCGCAGCCGACCCUGAUGGGAUUGGGGCACUUGGGCUCCCAGCAGAUAGCGCUGGACCAGUUGCACGUCAAAGCCUUCGUUGUGGGCCUGGAUUCCGGCAUUGACUCGAUGAGCGCGCUACGGAGCCUGCACCUCUCCAACUGCAUCUUGAUGAUGGUGCGGGCGAAGGGGCAGGGCUUCCCGGUCAUGCUGACGGGGCUUCGUCAGUUGGAGCUCCUAGCAUGCAAGGGGUGCAGCGGGCUGAGUUCCAGGCCAUUCGCGGGCAUCGAGUCACUGGUCUCCCUCAAGACCUGCCUGCUCAACUGCAGCCUACGCAUGAGCGAUGACACCUGCGCAGACAUCGCCAGCCUGCGCCAGGUGCAGACGCUGGGCCUUGCCUGCUCAGCGCUGGAGGGCUGUCUAACGCCGGCAUGCAUCACCCACGCGGGCCUGCGUUCGCUGUGCGGCAUGACGCAGCUGACAGCGCUGGACCUGAGCGGCCACGCGGCCAUCUCGGACGCCAGCAUGGCAGAGAUCGCGCGCCACCUCACCCGCCUCAUCGACCUGGACCUUCGCAGGCCGGCAUGCGAUAAUCCAGGCGCGGCUGUCGUCACGGACGCCGGCAUCGCCGCGCUCGCCAGCCUUACGCUGCUGGAGAGCGUGCGGCUCAGCCAAGCCCAGGUGGGCCAGGCCGGGUGUGCAGCGCUGGCGUCGCUCCCGCGGCUGCGCUGCCUGGAGCUGUCUUACUGCGACAGCCUGUCGGACACGCCCGUGUGCGAGCUCACGCGCCUGCGCCACCUCAGCGAGCUCAGCCUGGCCGGCUGCGCGAGCGUCACCGACAUCGCCGUCACCGCCCUGGUCCGGGGCAUGCCUGAGUUGAUGCGCCUCGACCUGAGCGCCUGCCACAUGCACGUCGGCGACAUCAGUCUCUACGCAAUCGCCACCCUCCCCAAUCUGCAGGUGCUCCGCCUGCACAGCUGCGAGCGGGUGUCGGACAUGGGCAUUGGCGGCCUGUGCUCUGGGGCCGCCGCAGCCGCUCUGACCCACCUGGACGUUCGAGGCUGUGAGCGGAUCAGUGAUGCGGGGGCGACCUCCAUCGGCCGGUGCCUGAAGCAGCUCCAGUACCUCAGCCUGGAGCACUGCCAUCUCAUUGGAGACAGGGGAAUCAGGACUCUCUCUGGUCUGCCCCACCUGGAGAUCCUGCGUGUGGGCGGCACUGGAGCAACCACGGACUCCUUUGCUCAAGACUUCACGCGGAGAGUGCGGCUGGAGUCACCCAGCAACACUCGCAUCUGGUGGAUGCUGGACUCUUGA